AUGGAUCCUCAGCCAACGGCAUUGGAACAGAUGUGUGGCGAAGAGAAACUUAUAAAAAAGUUCCCACAUGGGUUGAUCACCAGUCACGAUUACACAGUCAUCAAGGGAACAUCAACAGGAUACAACCAUUAAGAUGUCCGGAUUGCAACUACUUUUCAUCGGGGUAGCCUAUCUCUGCUCUUUCACAUUUGGAAAGUGUCCCCAUGGAUUCGAAGAAUAUAACCAUGUGUGCUACACUGUGGUCAAAAAGCCUAUUAAUGGCAUCGAUGCGUACCGCCAAUGCGAGGCUAUGAACAGCUACCUUCUGAACGUGGAUUCCACUCCAGAGUUAAACUUUCUUAAAAGACUUGUCGAACGUACUGAAGGAUGGGUUCCAGGAUUUUGGACAGGUGGAUUUUAUAAACCGAGUUAUAAAGGGAGCCAACAGAUGUGGGUCUGGAGAAAGGCCGAUAGCAAUGGACGGUAUACGGAGACGCAAGUGACGCCAGAUAAUACUGACGUAAACUGGUGGGGAAUUGAACCCUUCAAUAACUGGCACACCGCUGAAUUCUUGAAUAUGCCUCAUACCAGAAAACACUGGCUGAUGCUUAAUACCGAUGACUUCAAGCUGUACGGUGAAUUUGCUUUCGGGAAAAUGCUGGGGUACAUUUGUGAAACUAUGGCUAAAUAAAGCACUUAA